GAACAAGUAGACGAUGUGGCAGACAGGAGUUGCCUGUCUCGCGCUGCUGGCGCUUCCAGCAGCCUGCAAGGAUCUGGUGGACGUUCGGGAGGAGCUGCCUCAGGCGCAGGAACCUGAUCUCAUAAACUAUGACGAUUACAAUCCUUUUGGUGAAGAUGACAAUGCUAUACUUGCUGAACGGGAUUUCAUCGGAUCCACAUCCUCUUUACCAUUGCGCUAUUGAGGCUAAAUAAUCUGAGUGUUGGUGGCAGGGCCGGCGAGAAGUUGCCUGGACAUGGGUCGGACGUAUGCCGACGGGGACACGUGGAAGCGCGACAACUGCACGCUCUGCCAGUGCUCCACCGGCCGCGUCAACUGCUCCGUGCUGCCUUCUUGUCUGGCUUCACCCGCAACCACUCGACCUGUGCCGUUGCCACCAUCACGACCCAGUCCAGUGCCCGCACCUCCUGUGAGAGGAGUGGCGGGGGAUCGGGGUGUAGACGGACCCCCCGGCCCGCCUGGCUCGCCUGGCGUUAACGGCGUACCCGGCGCCCCGGGCGUACCCGGCUCUGUAGGAACCAUGCCUGAUGUGAACGCUUAUCUGGCUCAGUUGGCAGCAGCGGCUGGUGGCGACAAAGGUCCAGCGUUCGAUCCUUAUCACUAUAUGCAGGCAUCGGUCGGCUCGCCGGGAAUAAGAGGAAUACCAGGUCCACAAGGCCCGCCAGGUCCACAAGGUUUUCAAGGCCCUCGAGGAGAGCCUGGUGAAGCGGGGCUUCCUGGACAGCCUGGUCCGGCGGGAGAACGCGGACCGCAAGGGCCUCCCGGAAAAGAUGGAUCCCCUGGUGAGGAUGGUGAGCCCGGUCCUUCGGGAGCGGCAGGUCAACCAGGUUCUCGAGGUAGUCCAGGCGUACCAGGCAUCCAAGGGUUAAAGGGCCAUAGAGGCUUUGAUGGCAAAGAUGGCGCAAAAGGUGAACAAGGAUUGCCUGGCGAAAAGGGACCAACUGGAUUGCCAGGUCAAAUGGGCCCACCAGGACCUUUGGGCCCUGUUGGACCGCGAGGUGAAAGAGGUCGUGAAGGCCCCAUCGGUCCGCCUGGUAUGCGAGGCGUUGAUGGAACUCCAGGGGCCCCAGGAGUUAUGGGUAACGUUGGGAAACCUGGUUCUCCAGGCUUUCCUGGUUCACCAGGCCUUAAAGGUGAACAAGGCAUAGUAGGACCCAAAGGAAGCCAGGGUAUGCAAGGCCCGAGAGGUGAGUCUGGACGACCUGGUCAGCCUGGAGAAGUUGGACCGACAGGCUUAGCUGGACGAGAUGGUAUUCCGGGUGAAAAGGGUGUGCAGGGUCAAGCUGGUUCAUCGGGACCUCAAGGGUUCCCAGGGCCUCGGGGCAUACCUGGUGUUGCUGGUGAUGCAGGAUUACCAGGAGUGAAGGGUAUGCCGGGACAACCCGGUGACCGUGGUAUAAAAGGUGAAACUGGAAUGCGUGGAGAGACAGGAGGUCCAGGUCCUCGUGGUUUACCGGGAGCCCUUGGACCAGAAGGAAAACGUGGCAAGAGGGGUUUGAGAGGGCCGGCUGGUAAUAUUGGACCUCAAGGCGACAGAGGUUUGCAAGGAUUAAGAGGUUUGCCAGGGGCAGAUGGACCGUUAGGUCCUAAAGGCCAACCUGGUGAAAGAGGAAGUGUUGGAUUACCUGGACCAAAAGGAAGUACUGGUGAUGCAGGGAGGCACGGACCUCAGGGCCUGCCAGGACCAAGAGGUAUGAUUGGAAGGCCAGGAAUUACAGGCAAGUCGGGGCAUCCUGGAGAAAGGGGUAUACCCGGUGCUGAUGGUAGACCGGGUGAACAAGGACCGCAAGGGUUACAAGGACAGCCAGGGUUAAUAGGCAGCCCAGGAGAACGUGGCUUGCAGGGUGAACCUGGUAAAGAUGGUGAAGUUGGACAACCUGGACCAUCUGGUCCUAAAGGUGAUGCAGGGCGUGAUGGUAGUCCUGGCGUCCAAGGUCCACAAGGCCCUGUUGGUCCUACAGGUGAAAGAGGGGCUACAGGUCCCACCGGACCCACUGGUUACCCUGGGCUGCCUGGAAGUGCAGGCUUAGCCGGUGCUCCAGGAAAAGAUGGAGAACCAGGUGUGUCUGGUCCGGCUGGACCUCCAGGGGCUGCCGGGCCACGGGGAGAACGUGGUUUUCUUGGUGAAAGAGGCAUACCGGGACAACCAGGAACACCAGGAGAAAAAGGCGAAGCGGGUGCCCAAGGCCUUGACGGCCCACCGGGUCAAGAAGGUCCACGGGGUAGUAAAGGUCACCCUGGUCCAAUGGGAGCAAUGGGAUUACCUGGUCCACGUGGCUUAACUGGUUUGUCUGGCGAAAAGGGAGAAAGAGGCUCAGCGGGACCACAAGGACCUGAAGGGCCAACAGGUCGACAAGGAGAACAAGGUCCACAAGGUCCAAUUGGACUGACUGGACCACCGGGUGAACCUGCUGAAAGGGGUGAGCCGGGGGCACCAGGGAUUCCUGGUGAGCCAGGAGCACCCGGGUCAACAGGCGAGCGUGGACAAUCGGGUCCCCAAGGAGCGUCAGGCUUACCUGGUCCACCAGGGCUAACUGGCAUGCCAGGAUUAAAAGGAGAUCGAGGUUAUGCUGGGGCUAAAGGACAACAAGGAAGUCCGGGUAAUCCAGGAAUUCCGGGAGAGCCAGGCCUGCGAGGCUUACCCGGGCAAGCAGGAGCUAAAGGAGCUCGGGGUGAACAAGGGCUUAAAGGUGAUAUUGGUCACAUGGGACUAGCGGGUAGGCCAGGAGAUUUAGGACCACCUGGUCCUCAAGGAAGCCAAGGUCCAGCUGGGUCACCUGGUAUACCUGGCGCAAAAGGAGCUUCAGGUGACGCAGGAAGACCAGGCCCUGCUGGACCUCAAGGAUUGACUGGAUCUCCAGGACCUGAGGGAGUAAAGGGUGAGAGAGGCAGCGAAGGAGAUACCGGACCUCAAGGACCACCUGGUUCCACUGGUCCAGCAGGGGAGAGAGGACCAAGUGGUAUACCAGGUCUAGUUGGUCCGCCUGGAGCACAGGGAUUAAGAGGAACGCAGGGUGAAAGUGGAGCUCCUGGCAAGCCAGGUGCAGACGGAACACCUGGACAUACUGGUGCUCCUGGACUGCAAGGACCUCCUGGACCAAUGGGUGAACCUGGACCAGAAGGUCGUCCGGGUAAACUUGGUCAGCCUGGUAUACCUGGAAGACCGGGAGAUAAGGGACCAGUGGGACAACCCGGACAAUCUGGACUCCCAGGACCUUCAGGAUUGCAGGGUCCUCCUGGUUCAUCUGGGCCGCCCGGACCCACUGGUGAAAGAGGUCCAAGAGGAGAAUCUGGGCCAGCAGGCAUUGAAGGACGCCAGGGCCCCACAGGAAAACAAGGCCCACCUGGGGUAGAUGGUAUCAAAGGAGAACGUGGAGAAUCAGGAGCAGAUGGAGCUAAAGGUCACGCAGGCUUACCCGGAUUACCUGGAAUGGUUGGUGCCCAAGGGAGAACUGGGGACAGAGGACUACCAGGGCCAAUGGGACCGCCUGGAAAAGACGGUGAUUCGGGAGCGAGAGGUCCGCCUGGCCGUGAUGGAAGCAUUGGUCCACAAGGUCCUGUGGGUCCACCUGGUGGUCGCGGUUCUCCUGGUGAACCAGGACGGCAUGGCGCCCCAGGACCCGCGGGUCCACCGGGACCCCCCGGUCCAGCGGGAGAAGGACUUGCAUAUGAUGCUGCCGCUAUUGCUGCUAUGCUUCAACAAGGUUCCAUCAAAGGACCAGACCCGUUAGGUGAUGAUCCAAACAUAAUGCCUCCAAGAUUCUUCAAAGAUGACAUGACUGCGGCGGAAAAGAAGAGCAUCGUUAUGAAAGCUUACGAACGACUCAAAGUGUCUCUCGAUAAAUUCUUAAAACCAGACGGUUCCAAGGAAGCGCCUGCUAAGACAUGUGGCGAUAUAUUGUAUCAUCAUCCUGAAUAUGAAAGUGGUCAGUACUGGAUAGAUCCUAACGGAGGAGACAUAAACGACGCAAUACUGGUACACUGUGACAUGCCAAACGGUGCAAGCUGCGUGUUCCCUAAGCCGAUGAUGUCUGAAGAGCUAACACACACUGGAAAGAACGAAGCGUGGCUAAGUGAACUGGAUAACGGGUUUACGAUCUCAUAUAAAGCGGACCACAGCCAACUCACGUAUCUCCAACUCCUAUCAAUGAAGGCGGUACAGAAUGUGACGCUGCAUUGUCACAAUAUGAUCGGCUACUACGACCCCGCGACGAGGAAUUACAAACACGGUCUGAAGUUGCUCGCUUACACUGACGCGGAGGUUUUACCGAAAGCUAACAACAGGCUCAGAUAUAAGGCUCUAUUGGACGAGUGUCAGUACAAGAAACAAGAAUGGGCGAAAACAGUGGUCCAGUACGAGUCGGACAAGGCAGGUCGACUGCCACUUCUUGACGUGGCGGUGAGGGACGUCGGCAGACCGCAGCAGAUGUUCAAGAUUGAAGUUGGUCUCGCUUGCUUUACAUAGAGGUAUUCUAUGUGUAAACAAAAUCUUUGAAUAAUUACCGUAGUACCUUUUUAAUUGUGUUUAAGGUAGAAAUGUUAAGUCUUGCACAUAACUACUGGUACCUAUGUAAAAAAAUAAUUCAACUAUGAUCAAAGUUAAUACUUAUUCUAAAUAUUUUAUUCCUUUUAAAUGUUUCAAUGUUGACUGUAUGAGCAUAUUUCCAUGACUCCAUAUUUUAGUAGUAUUAGGUAUUUGUAGUAAUAAAAGACUAUCAGAGCAUUUAAAUAAUCAACUUACAGAAUAAAGUAUUAUUUACUAAUUAAUGAAUCAAAGUUACUUAGAUAAAAUUUCAAGUUUUAUUUUUUACGAGUAUUAUUAGAUUUAUGGUUAUAUGAUUUUAGGUAA